AUGAGUGGCUGGGUUGCAUACAUCAAAACCUUGACGGACAGUUGCAAUGUUAUCUGCAGAGCUGCUAUUGUUGGAAUUAAUGAUGGAGGGAGUGCUACUGAGUCGGAACUCAAGAAGUUUGUUGGUCUCUUUGAUAACCUUGAUAGUGUUCCAGAAACUGGCGCAGAUCUAGAAGGUGUUCACUACAUUGUACCAAGAACUGAGGAAAACCUCAUUUUUGGCAAGAAGGAUAAGACUGGAUUCUUUGCUGCUAAAACAAAAUCAGCAGUGUUAAUUGCUAUUUAUGAGGGUGAAGCGGCUGCUGGUGCUGAUGUUCGUGGGGCUAUCGAAUCUUUGGCAGAUUUCUUGGAGAAGGCAGGGUAUUAA